AUGGUUGCAGUCAGCGUUCUAAUAAUUCUAUUGGCAGCACACAAUAUCCAGUCUAACGAAGACGGUUACCUACGAUACGUCAAAGAUGGCUGUUUCAAAAAAGGGGAAGCACUAUCGUGUGUUAAAUAUAAAGCUUUGAAAAUAGCAACAAAAACCCUAUUCGGUGAAAAUAUGCAGAAUGAAACUAUCAAAGCUAAUCAUAUGAUAAGCUUCGUUCCCCUUGACGCAGGUGUUAUAGAAAAAUUUAAAAGUGAUAAAAAUGAAUCUCGUGUAGUUGAGCCUAGAGGGUUUAUGUCGGAGUGGUCUGAGUUGGCAAAGUAUUUUGUGAAGAUAAUGAAGGAUUUCUUUAGAGUGAAGGGACUGAGAGUGGAUCUGCCCGAUGGAGCGAGGACGGUUGAAGAAGAGGAAGUUAAUGAUGGUCGUGGCAGAAGAAAGAAGUUGGCUGUAGUGGUGCCCCUGCUAACACUGUUGGCUGCUAUCAAGACGAAAUUAUUGUUAAUACCGGUUCUACUAUCCGUGUUAUUGAUAAAGAAACUCUUGCUGAUCGCCGCCCUGCUCCUGCCGAGUCUAUUAAACACAUUGAAGGCUUGUAAGCACCACCCAAUGUCACACUACUCUUACUUCGGCAGCAGUGACAAUUCCGACUUCAGCUCGGACUACGGCAGCAGUUACUCUUACGGCGCGAACGCAGCUUACGGCGCUUCGAACAGAGCGUACACUAUGCCGAAACAUAGACAAACUCCUGCGCCGGUUUAUAUUACCGCGCCUGGUGCGGCCGCGUAA